CAAGUUCAAGGCAAUGAGUCUUUUAGACGGGCGGUGAAGUUCGUACAGAAAAGAGCUCAGUGGUGCAUAGCAGUGAGUUGUAUUGUGGUGUUAAGAAACAUUGUUGUACCUUUCGAAUUUUCAAUAAACUUAAGAAAGAUGAAUCAUAAAGUUGGAGCCAACAUGCUUCUUUUGGGGCUAAUAUUGAGUAAUCUAGUGAUAUAUACCUGGGCAUAUCCGCAACAGUAUCAACAUCACCAGUUACACACAGUAGAGCAGAGAAAGUUUGCGGAAAAACCGAACGCCAUUAAGAAAGUGGCACUCGACGACCUCGAUGAGAUACAGACUAACCAGAUACAGGAAGGCGGUUUUUCGUGGUCCAACAUGCUUGGACUAUUGAUGCAAAUGAUUUUCAACGGCGGCGGAGGAGGUGGCGGAAACGUGCCAACAAAAUCUGAUGAUAUUGAUAAUGGUGUGUCAUCCUUUGGUCAGUCACCAUGGGCAAACGUGAUUUCGGUUGGGUUGAAGAUCAUCACUACCCUGCUAGGAGGAGGAGGUGCAGGGGAUGGUAUUGAUAAGGUUGAUAAUGGAGGAUCACCGAUGCAGAACGUUUUAGCUGCCGUAUUCACAGCCAUGUUUGGCGCCAAAGAUCCGGACCAAGUAAAUACGAUGGCAAAACAGGCUGGAGAGGUAUGUAUUAUUGUAAAUUAUGUGGUUUUUAUUUCCAUCCUUUAUGAUAAUAAGAUUUUCUGUAAAAAAUAUCCCAUUUUGGUGUAUUAUAUAAAUGCAUUAUCUUACGUGAAUUGGUUAUCUUGUUGAUAUUAGAGCUUUAAACAUUGUAAAUCAAUCGUAAUGUCGCUCACUAAUACUAAUGAAAGCGUUGUAUUUAAAAGGUGGGAUUUGUUUAUUAUAUCAAUAAUUCAUUCAAACAAUGAUUAAGAUGACGUGGCGUUUUUGAGUAAGUGAGAUUAUUUGAUAUUGAAAUA